GAAGUCCAUGUUUUUUUUCCUUUUUUUUGUGAAUUCGGUGUCGUUUUCUCGUGGUGUGUAUCUCUAUCUUGCUUGGAAUCUCUACUGCUACUGUUGCUAUUCCUUGUCCUUAUAUACAUUCAGUUCUCAGCCCGCCCGGCUACAGUGCUCUACUCAAGCUUCCAUUUAGGAUUUUGCUUUCUACUCCGACUUUAGGACUUUCCUUUCUACUCAGACUUUACCACUACUUCGCUGGCAAUCAUGAAAAGGAGCGGCAGCAGCCCCGCGGCGAUUGUCAGCACGGCCGUCGGGAGGAGCGGGAGCACGCCGGUGGAGCCGACGCGCCGCCCGGCCCGCCAGCUCCGCCCCAGCUUCGCCCCAGCCUCGCCCCCGCCGUCUUUGACGUCGCGCAUGAAACAGGAACACGCGGCGGCGGCGGUAUCCUUUGCAAAAACACCCCGCCCCAUUCCUGCCGUGCGUAUUUGCAUGCCCGGGCCAAACUAUUUGGCCUGCCGCCCGCGUAUAGGCUUUUUUGAUGCUGUUUGUAACUUUCGCAACGAGGAGCAGGGCAGCAAUUUGUCAUGCGCAAGGGCCAGAAUUUCUUUGCAGUUGUGAUAGAGGUGCAGUCUUGGCUGUGGGGUGGGGGGUUUUGUCCAAAGGAUGGCAGGCAGAGCCGUUAUCUAUUGCAAAAGAAUCAAACUAGUACGAAUUGCUUUUGCAUCUGCAUCACAUCAAAGGUCCGCAGCAUUGGUAGCGGAAUUUGUGAUGCGGGUUUGCCUUCAGAAAAUAAAAACUUAUAUUUGUAACGCGUGACAACUGCAAUCACUAUGAGUGCGAUACUUUUGCACAGGAUGCCCGCUGAGUUGCGACGAUUUCAGCACCUCGUCUGACGACGGACGGUAUCAGGUGCAAAAGUGUCUGGGUCUGGAAGCGCCAAACUUGUGAUGCGCAUUUCAGAAUACAGAAAAAUCUCUCAUGCAUAGGUCGCAAAAGCUGCACACUUUCUGUCACCAAAAUGAGGAAUUUGUCAUGCGGAUUCGGCAGUGCGGAAGCUUGUCGAGACCUGUGACGCUAGAGCUUCCAUGCCACACCUUCUGCGCCAUGAAAGCCAGCAUGUUUUUCCAGACCCAGACCCUUUUACCUUUGAUAUGCUCGCCGCGAGCUCGAUGUCAAUCAUCAGAACUAUCCUGUGUAAAAACGUCCCCACCCCAUAGUCAAGUUAGUAAAUCUGGAACACAAAUUUCCAAGUUUUGGGAGUUUUGCAUGACAAGUUUCCAUCUGUAUUGUCGUGCUGUUUAGCAAGGACAGCCGCAUGAGAAAACAAGCCUCUCAUCCUGUUCACAGCAUUACAAAGUCCAAAACAAGAUUGGAAAUGCCUCUCAUGCUCAUCCGCAUUACAAAUGUUCUUGUCAUUGCACAUUUGCAUGACAACUCUGGGGUGGGGACGUUUUUACACAGGAUAAGAACGGCCAAAAAGUCAUCCCGGGCAAAACCGCUGAAAAGACCC